AUGUCUUUACCAUGCUCUAUUGAAACAUGCAAACGAUCAUCAGAUGUAUUGUGUUAUACAUGUAAAAAAAAUCUUUGUCGUGAACAUUUAAAAGAACAUGAUGAUUGGCUUAAUUCGGAAGUUAACCGUUUAGUUGAAGAAAUGAAAAGUGUUUCUAAUCAAUAUAUGGCAAUUAAUAGAAAUAAAUUGAUAAAUGAUUUUCGUCAAAAAUUAGAUAAAUGGCGUGAUGAUUCUUAUAAAACAAUUGAUCGUGUUUAUGAAGAAAAAAGCAAAGAACUUGAUCAAGAUUGGACUGAAAAAUUGUCUAAACCACGAAAAGGUAUUGAUCUAAUGCAAUCAAAACUUAAUGGACUAAUUCGUAAGAAAAAAACUACUCAUGAAGAUAUUAAUCAAUCAACAACAGCUAUUCGCUAUAUUAAUCAACAAAUAAAAGAAAUUGAACAAAAAGGUAUUCAAAUGAAUAUUCCUACUUUGUUCAUUGAUGAGAAUUUAACAUAUGUUAAAGAACCAAAAAUCGAACAAACAAAUGAUUUUCAACUUUUAUCUUCAUAUAGAUCAAUUGAUUGUUCUGCUCAAUCAGGAGUCGCAUUUGCUACAAAUAAUCAAAAUUUAUUAAUUUAUGAAAGUGAUUAUCUAAAUUUAUUUAAUCGAGAUUUAAUACUUAUUCAAAAAAUUCCAUGGAAAUAUGGACAUAUUUAUGAUAUGUCUUGGUCAGCAACAUUAACUAAUUUUAUAAUUAUAACAGAUAAAAGAAUUGUUUAUCUUAUAAAUGAAAGUUCAUUAUCAUUUACAGUUAUUCAAACAAUUCCACAAGAAAAAUGGUGGUCUUCUACAUGCUCUGAUAAAUCUCUUUUUCUAUCAACAUAUGGAACAGAUGCAAAUAUUUUUCAAUUUAAUCUUUUAUCUUCAUUUGAAUUAAUAAAACGAUGGAGAUCACCAGAUACAUGUAAACAACAUGAAUCUAUUCAUGACAUUAGUUAUACAAAUGAAACACUUGCUUUAAUUGUUGCUGAUUCUUCUACUAAAACAGCACGUUUUGAACUUCGAUCAUCAACAACAUUAACUCAAUUUUGGUCAUUUUCACUUAACAUAAAUCAUAUUUCGUAUCAACCAUCAAUUCAUUGUUGUCAAAUUCAAUCUAGUGAAUGGCUCAUCGUUAUUGAAAAUACUUCAAAUAUUUUUCAAAUUAGUAAAGAUGGAAAACUAAAAAGAACCUUUAUAUAUGAACCAUCACCUUGGAAUGCUCUUCUUUUUGCUCCAAAUAUUUUGGCUAUACGAACUGAAAAUAAUCUUUUUCUUCAUAAUAUAUAA